ACUUUAACAUCACUACAUCUUCUCUCCCCCUUUCGCUUCCCUCAUCUCCUCUCACUCUGUGUGUGUGUGUGUGUAUGCUGUGCUUCCCAGCUAUGCUUCGUCAACCUCUUAUUAUCGGUCGAUCUACGGACCCGACCCGAUUAUUUCCUGCUUCGCAAAAGUUCUGCUCGACUGUACUCUGCUUUGUUGCAGAUCGCGCUGGAGUUUUGGUUUGUUGUCCAUUUUUCAGUUAAAGUCGAGUCGAAACGUUUCCCUUGCUUAUCCAGAUCGUUCUGGUAACCCUUUUUUUGGUUUUUCUUAAUGAUUUUUUGUAUUUUUUUUUGAAGUUCAGUUUCUUUUAAUGAUUUCUAUAGUUUUCCGAUCUUCAGAGUUGGAAAGUUGCUAAUUUUGAGCCGAUCGUGGAGGACUGUGUCGGGAUUUUGUAUCGAUUUCUUUGUUUUGGUUUUGGUUUUGGUUUGGUUUUGAAAGAGUAAAAGUUUUGUUAUACUUCAUCCAUGGAGGAGAAUAGAACGGCACCGUAUGGCACGAUGUCCGAUGAGGUGCUGGGUUGCGUUAUGCCGUACAUAGAGGAUCCUAAGGACCGUGACGCUGUGUCCUUGGUCUGUCGUCGGUGGUACGAGCUCGACGCGUUGACGAGGAAGCACAUAACGAUUGCGCUUUGUUACACGACGACCCCCGAGCGGCUUCGGAAGAGAUUCGAACACCUUGAAUCGCUGAAACUGAAGGGGAAGCCGAGGGCAGCUAUGUUCAAUUUGAUACCGGACGAUUGGGGUGGCUACGCGAAGCCGUGGGUGACUGAGAUUGCGGAGAAUUUCCUUGGCUUGAAAGAGCUGCAUUUGCGACGGAUGAUUGUUCAUGAUUCAGAUCUGGAGCUUCUUGCUAGGACUCGCGGUAGGGUUCUGCACGUCUUGAAAAUUGAUAAGUGCAUGGGAUUCUCUACUGAUGGGUUAUUACACGUGGCUCGCUAUUGCAGGCAACUAAGAACCUUAUUUCUGGAAGAGAGCUCAAUCGUUGAGCAUGAUGGUGAAUGGCUACAUGAGCUUGCAGUGAACAACACUGUUCUUGAAAUUUUAAAUUUUUACAUGACAGAUCUUAUUAAAGUCAGUUUUCAAGACCUUGAACUUAUAGCGAGGAAUUGUCGCUCCUUGGUCUCUGUGAAAAUUAGUGAUUGUGAAAUCCUUGAUCUUGUUGAAUUCUUUCGUGCUGCAACAGCUUUAGAAGAAUUUUGUGGUGGUUCUUUCCAUAACAAGCAAUCAGAUGAUGAACCAGAUGAUUACACUGUUGUACGAUUCCCCCAAGGAUUAUGCCGUUUGGGUCUAUCCUAUAUGGGAACAAAUGAAAUGCCAAUAGUAUUCCCAUUUGCAUAUUUGCUCAGAAAAUUGGAUCUUUUAUAUUCAAUGCUUGGCACAGAGGAUCAUUGUCUGUUAAUUCAAAGAUGCCCAAACUUAGAAGUUCUUGAGUCUAGGAAUGUUAUUGGAGAUAGAGGGUUACAAGUUCUUGCUGAGAGUUGCAAGAGACUCAAGAGGCUUAGGAUUGAGCGAGGUGAAGAUGAGCAGGGAAUGGAGGAUGAAGAAGGUGUGGUUACACACACAGGAUUAAUUGCUUUGGCUCAGGGCUGCCUUGAAUUAGAACACAUGGCUGUUUAUGUUUCUGAUAUCACUAAUGCUGCUUUGGAAUUUAUCGGGAAUUCCUUGAAAAACCUCUGUGAUUUUCGCUUAGUGUUGCUUGAACAAGAGGAGAGGAUAACAGACUUGCCUCUUGACAAUGGAGUCCGGACUUUGUUGAUAGGCUGUGAAAAGCUUAGAAGGUUUGCCCUGUAUCUCAGACCUGGUGGUUUGACUGAUUUGGGGCUCGGUUAUAUUGGGCAAUACAGCCCAAAUAUAAAGUAUAUGCUUCUGGGUCAUGUUGGGGAGACAGAUGCAGGGCUUUUGCAGUUCUCUAGGGGAUGCCUUAGCCUGCAGAAAUUAGAAAUGAGGGGCUGUUGCUUCAGUGAGGAUGCAAUAGCAGCUGCCGUGUUGCAACUUAGAUCUUUGAGGUAUUUGUGGGUGCAAGGGUAUAAAGCAACAUCUGGGGGUCGAGAGCUUAUGGCAAUGUCUCGUCCAUAUUGGAAUAUCGAGUUUAUUCCAGCUAGACGAUUUAUUGUGAACGGUGAUGCUGAAGAAGAGAAUGUUUUAGUCGAGCAUCCAGCCCAUGUGCUGGCAUAUUAUUCUCUUGCUGGACCAAGAACAGAUUUUCCAGAGAGUGUUAUUCCUUUGGAUCCGGUGUCCCCUCGUCAUCGGCUACCAUUAGUUCCCACGUAAAGCUGUACAUACAACCGUUUUCGAAGCUGUGCUGUCCAUAGAUGAACCAUCGCAGACAUUCAACAAUAGUUUUCAGCUUUUCCAGAAGGAUUAUGUCAAAUUCACAGAACAAUGAGCAACUGAUAAAUGCAUUUCAAUAAGCAAGUUGGAGUUGUGGUCGGUCGGUGUAAACUGUGAAGUGUAUUGGACUUGUAGAAGAAGUAUUUUUUUAAGCACCAUUAAUAUGAUUGUGUUAUUUGUUCUCUUGAAAAGAAGUGCAUGUCUGGUUUGAUAUAAACAAUCUAUUAACAU